UGCCACUUGUCAGCAAUAUUCACCUACUCCCAUUGUAUAUUGCGUAUUCCCGUGAUGUCAACAGGGUGGCUAGUUCAAUGGUAUGCAUUCCCGUAAAACCAUGAAUAUACUCUCGACAUCCUUGCUAAAUAACAUCCAACGCAUAAGCCCUAAUACGGCUCUGGCGUCUAUGAACCAGCACCAAGACGAGUGGCGUCGGCAGCAGCCAGCCCCAAACGAAGCCCUAAUGGUUAAAGUUUAUUCUAAAAUGCCGUGGUAUUUGCCCUUGCGGCUUCCACAAUUAUGAAGCCUUUUUGGAUGCUUAUAGGGCUAGGGGUGGCUGUUGUUGGGUCAUUUACUGAGCCCUCGGUCGCAAAUGU